ACCCUCAGCUGAGAGGCAGACGGCACAUUGGAAGAACAUUUCCAGCCAGGCGAAAGGGUUCUCAGUCUGCAGCCAGCAGCUCUCCGUUACGACAGCACUCAUCUGCCGCCUAAACAGCAACCAUGGCCGAGAGAAGUAUUCCCUUCACCCUGCUUCGCACCCCGAGCUGGGACCCAUUCCGCGACUGGCACCAGAACAGCCGCUUGUUCGACCAGUCCUUCGGCUUGCCGGCCCUGCCACAAGACUUUGCCACAUUCCCAAGCACCCAUUGGCCGGGAUACCUGCGGCCCUCCAUGCUGGCCCCGGACAUGAGCGGCAUGAUGCCCCACGCCCCCAUGGUGUACCCUGGCGCCAUGAUGGCCCAGCAGGCCCACGCCCUGUCCCGCCAGUUGAGCACCGGCAUGUCGGAGAUCAAGCAGACCCAGGACAACUGGAAGGUGUCCCUGGAUGUCAACCACUUCUCGCCCGAGGAGCUGGUGGUGAAAACCAAGGAUGGAGUGGUGGAAAUCACGGGCAAGCACGAGGAGAGGAAGGAUGAGCACGGCUUUGUGUCCAGAACCUUCACCAGGAAAUACACCCUCCCCUCUGCAGCUAACGUUGAGAAGGUGACCUCCUCCCUGUCUCCUGAGGGCUUUCUCACCAUCGAGGCUCCUCUGAUCAGGCCGGCCAUCCAGUCCUCAGAGGUCACCAUACCCGUCACCGCCGACAACAAAGGUGGCGUGGUGAAGAAGUAGGAAGAAAAGCAGCACAGAGCCUCCUCCCCUCCCCCCAACACACACACACACACACACACACACACACACACACACACACAUUCAAAUAAUCUUCUCUUUCUUUUCCUUACAAAGUGCCUUCAGAAAGGUGAGGAAGCCGCGUAUUGCUCUACCUACAGCAGUUCGCACACCAGAGACAGAGGAGCCAGGGCAAUCCCUCGCUCUUCUGUCUCCCACCUCUCCUUCUCUGAUAAUGAGCCAACCCCAGCUGAGUGCACUGUGUAAACACAUCUGCUCCGCGGCCAUAUGCCUUCUCUUCCUGCUGUAAUUACACUCCGCUGCUGAACGUAGGAAAUCUCAGUUUAGCCCCACUCACGGUUUGCCUUCGUUCUCUCCCUCACACACACACACACACACACACACACACACACACACCUUUCUCGUUUCUGUUGAGCAAAUCCCCGUCAUGCUGCCUCUACCGACAGACUAAAGACCACAGCGGAGUGGACGGUAAUAGCAGGGAUCUGGUGAAUUAAGGAGCCAAGGUCCCAGGAGAUCGAUCACAGACUGGAAGUAGACUGGUUUCAGCUACCGUUGCCUUUGGAAACUUAGCUAUUCAGUCAUGCAAACAAAGAAUAAAGAAAAAAACAGAACACA